UUGUGUAAAUGUGUAUUUAAGAAAAUUUUUGUUAAAUACUAUGAAGUGUAUGUUUCCUGUGGAAAAUUUUCUUGUAAUAAAGAUGCACAGUUCAGCGUAUGAAUCAGCUGUUACCGUUGGAGUAGGGGGUGGGGGUAGUAGUUGUUGUUGUAGCAGUAGUAGUAAUAAUGGUGGAACUAGUGUUAGUAAUGUGACUAGUGGUGUAGAUGAUCGAGGUGGGGUGGGUGGUAAAAUUUGUGGUGAAACAUCAUCACCCUUAACGAACAGUGCUGAAAUUCUAGUUGCUAUAACAACAUUAGUGACUGAGGGACGUAUUCCUGAUAAAGUGAAUACGAAUUUUCGUGGAUAUUCAGAAGGGCCACAUUGUCACAAAUCAAAAUCAUCAAUCAAUCAUAUUUGUAAUACAGAUCAAUUUUUGUGUUCUAGAUAUGAAAAAAUACAAUCACACGUGCUUAGCCUAUGGCAGAAAUCAAUUCCAAUAUGUAUCGAAGUAUUAUUAACAGCUGAUUGCGAAUGUGGAAAGUUAUUAGCAAAUCACCUUGACAUAUCUUCGUCGUCGUCGCCUUUGAAUAGUAAUAACAGCAGCAACAAUGGUUCUAAUCAACAACAAUCAACAUUAGCACAAUCAAAUCUUACAUCAUGCCCGACUACAACAACAUCAUCUUCAACAACAAUACAAACUGAACAAUUACUUUUGGAACAAUGGUAUUUAACUGUCGAUCAACGAAGAUCAAAGGACACCAUUCCAAGUAUAACGACUCAACAACUUUUAAAUGCAGUACGUUCCCAAUUACAUUUUUCACAAUUAGCAGCAUGGCUAUCAAGAUUACCAGACAAUAAUCAAUCAUCUUCAACAACACCAACUCAAUUAUCAAAAAGCCACAAUAGCCAUAGAAAUAUAAUUUAUCGUUUAACAAUACCUGGUGAAACGUUUAAUAAACAGUCAAAAUUAUCAACAUCCAGCAAUUACAAUGAACAUAAUUUUCCAGUAACUGAAAUUGGUAACAAUAAUUAUUUAAAAGUAGCAAUGCGAACAUUACCACGUUUAGAAUCAAUACCAAAAUUAAAUUGUACGAAUUGUACCACUGUGGAAAAUUUAGAGACUACCACAUCGGUCGAGCAACCUUCAACGUCUUUAUCUUGUUGUAACAGCGAUCAAAAGCCACCAUUAUUAGACGAUAGAAUGCAUUUUUCAUGUACAAAACAUGGCAAACACAAAUGUACAUACGAUGAAGAUGAUACCGAUUUAGAUUUGGAUAAUCGUUUAAAAGAAAUUGAAUUAAAACAUAAAUCGAAAGUUCGUUGUUUACAUUCAAAUAAAGUUGAAGAUCCCGUUUAUCCUUUCCUCCCUUCGCCCUCUUGUUCCACAUCCUCACCCACCUCAACCGAUUUAUUAUGUCGACGUGAUUAUGAAUCAUUUAUACAGAAUCAACAGCCGUCAUCGCGAAUAUCUACCAUAAAUUAUUUCACAGUGCCAUCAACUUCAAAAUGUGUUCUUAAAAAUAUAAAUAAUAAUAAUUAUGACCAAAAAUCUGAAAUCAAUUGUUGUGAUACAUUUGGAAGAAAAUCAUCUUCUUCAUUAUCUGGUUAUUAUCAUGAAAAUUUUUAUAAUUUAUCAGAAAAUAAAAGAAAAUUUUUUCAAAAUUUAUUUAAACCAGAUGAAGAUGAAGAUAGCAGUGGAGGAGGAGAUGAAUGUAGUAGUCAAAAUGAUCUCAAAAUGCAACAAUCAUCAUCACAGAGUAAAAGUGAUAUUUUAUUAAAUGCGAUAAUGCGUUGUUCAUCACAGAAAAAUAAUGACGAAAAUAAUAUUGAUGAUAAAGCUAUGACGAUUCUUCAAGAUGAUAAUAAACCUGAUCAAGAGGAUGAUUGUUGUUUGAAUAAUUAUAAGAAGUGUGAACGUGGUGAUGAUCAUGUUGAUGAUGACACUGUGUGUGAUAAAUUUUUGGAUGAUGAUGUUAAUAAAUGUGAUAAAAUGCAUGAUAAUAUAUUGAGUGAUAAUAAUAAUAUAUAUAUAAAAAAUAAAUUAUAUUCUUAUACAAAUAAUGUUAAGGCUUCAAAUAAUAAAAAAAAUGAAUUUAUAUUUAAUAAUAAUUGUGAUAGUAUUUUUUCUUCUGUCGAUGAUAAUGAUAGCAAUAAUAUAAUAAAAAAUCAUAAAAAACAUAAGAGUAGAGGUACUAUACGAGUUCAAUCACCAAUUAAAAAACGUUUAGAAAUUGAUUGUUGUCGAAAUCAAAAAUUAAUUCCACCAAAAAAUGAUAAUAACAUUAGCACAACACCAAAUAAACAGUUACGUGAUCGUACAAAUAAUUUAACACGUAUAAUGAUACUCCAUGAGAAUAGAAAAGAUUUAUUUAAAAAUCAUUCAGCUUUAGAAAUUAAGCGAAAAAUCGAUUUCACUGAACAAAAUAGUAACGAUGAAGAUCAAAAUAAACGACAAACGUUAUUAAAUUCAAAUUGCUCAACAAGCUAUUUAGAUGAUGAUGAAGUUUUGUUACUGGAUAAGGAAUGUGAGAAAAUCACAUCAACAACACAGGGUACAGAAAUACCAUCGGUUUUAGAUCAGAAGAAUUUUCGUAAAAGUUUGGAUAAUGCUGCCUCAAUGGUAUUCCAUUCGAGAACGGGAUUACCAUUAACAAGUAGUCCAGCACCAAUACGAAAAGGUGCAAAAUGUUUCGAUUUUGAUUCAAAAUUAAAUUCUGUAUCAGCAAUAAGAAGUGUGUUGUUUGAAUUAGCGAAUUCGAAUUCAAAUGGGGAUGAUGAUAGUGAAUCAGAUUGUAGUGCUGUAUCUCCAUGUAGUCCUGAUGCAAAUUUAACAUUUCCAAAAAAUGCUAGACUACAAUCAAAAUGUGUAUAUGCAUCGUCACGAUCUGGUUUAUUAGGUACAUUCGAAGAAUCAGUUUUACAUGGAAGAUUAGAACCAGUAUCUACAGUCCAAGGUUUCACUGCCGAACUAGGGGCCAGUGGACUAUUUUGUCCAAAUCAUAAAACGUUUCCAGUAACAGUAUUUUUCUAUUCUCUUGGAGAUAUGGAUCGAAUGUCUGUUCCGUACUUGGGUCACAUCAACCUUGGUAAAAAAGGUUAUAACGUUCCUAAAAGUGGCUUAGUUCAAAUUACUCUUUUUAAUCCUAUGGGAACAGUUGUAAAAAUGUUUGUUAUUUCUUAUGAUUUAUCCGAUAUGCCAGCAAAUUCUCAAACUUUUAUUAGACAACGUACACUAUAUCUUCCACAAAAUUGUCCAGAAUUACAACGUCCAGAUCUUGAAUAUAGUGAUAAAUGGGGACAAAAAUAUUUAAGAUUUUUAAUACACUUAAGAUUUAUGAGCUCGAAGUCAGGUCGCAUAUAUCUACAUACUGAUAUACGUAUGAUUAUAUUCAAUAAAUCCGAUAUGGACACAGCUACAGGUUUAACGGAACCCGGCCAUGAAAUGCGCAGCUUUAUUUACUGCCCAAAUAAUCCAAAAUAUUCACCACGAAAGUGAUUAUAUCACUAUUUAAUAAUAAAUGAUAUUAAAAUAAAAAAAUAAUAGAGACAUUCUUUACAAAAUAUUUUAAAAACAAAAAUUAAAGCUAUAU